ACGAAAAUCGAAACGGAUGUUUUAAAUUAAUAUUUUCAAACGCUACAGCCAUGGCAAACACGGGGCUGUUGCCAUUUGUUCGUGGGGUUGAUUUUACCUGCAAUGACUUUAGUGGUGACAAAUUCCCAGAUGCCAUUCGGUACAUGACUGGGCUUCAAUGGCUUAGGCUAGAUAAAACUAACUUGGACGAAAUCCCCGAAGAAUUGGGGAAACUUAUGAAGUUGGAGAAUCUGUCCAUUAAAAAUAACAACUUGGAGAAGUUAUUUGGGGAACUGACAGAGUUAAAAUGUUUGCGUUCAUUAAAUGUGAGGCAUAACAAUGUGAAGAGUUCUGGUAUACCAGCUGAAUUGUUCAGAUUAGAGGAAUUGACAACUUUGGACCUUUCUCACAAUAGACUAAAAGAGGUGCCCGAAGGAUUAGAAAAGGCUAAAUCAUUGCUUGUCUUGAAUCUCAGUCAUAAUAAGAUUGAAAGCAUACCGCCAACACUAUUUGUGCAGUUGACGGACCUAUUGUUUCUUGAUCUCUCAAACAAUUCACUGGAGACUCUGCCCCCUCAGACUAGAAGACUGGCGAACCUGCAGACUCUAAUACUAAAUGAUAACCCACUUGGAUUAUUUCAGUUAAGACAGUUACCAUCACUUCAAAGCCUGGAAACAUUACAUAUGCGCAACACACAAAGGACACUCGCAAAUCUGCCUACAUCACUGGACACACUGUGCAACCUGUCUGAUGUGGACCUCUCAAAGAAUGCCUUAACUAAAGUGCCGGACGCCCUUUACUCGCUGCUGAAUCUGAAAAGGCUUAAUUUAAGUGACAAUGAGAUAACGGAAAUAUCUUCAGCUAUGGACAUAUGGCAGAAACUAGAGAGUCUUAACCUGUCUCGCAAUAAGCUAACCGUGCUGCCAGCUUCGAUGUGCAAACUGCAGAACUUGCGAAGGCUUCAUGUGGAUGACAACAAACUGGACUUCGAGGGUAUACCUUCGGGUAUUGGGAAGCUGGGAAAUUUGGAAGUGUUCUCGGCUGCCAAUAAUGUUCUGGAGAUGAUACCUGAGGGGCUGUGCAGAUGUGGCUCCCUAAAAAAGCUCAACUUAAGUUGCAACAAGCUGAUAACGCUACCUGACGCGAUACAUCUCCUAAGUGACCUUGAAAGUUUACAAUUACACGGCAACACUGAACUCGUGAUGCCACCGAAGCCCGUAGAGCGUCCACGAGGCUCUGGUCUCCAGUAUUACAAUAUAGACUUCUCCUUGCAAACUCAGCUGCAACUAGCUGGCGCGGCUACACCCGAACUUGAUGCACCCAAUCUAACAGGCGCAAAGUCGGAUCCUAUAGCGCGGAAACUACGCCUGCGAAGAGGUCGUCCAGAACCUGAACAGAAAGAUUCAGCCCUCAUAUUACGCGGAAUGCAGGAACAAGCCAACACCCAACACGCGCAUCAAUUACGUGACCAGCCCAAUAGCGAACUCAAACCUAAACGUUGGGACGAAAGCUUGGAGAAACCACCGCUGGACUAUUCGGAAUUCUUUGAUGAGGAUACCGGACAAACACCGGGCCUGCAGAUUUGGGAGAUAGAAAAUUUUAUACCCGCUCCUGUGGACGAGGUGGCACAUGGGAAAUUCUUCGAAGGAGAUUGCUACAUAAUCUUAAAAACAUCAAUAGAAGAACAAGGGCAGUUAUCCUGGGAUAUACACUUUUGGAUCGGAUCUAAAGCAACGCUAGACAAAGGCGCCUGUGCGGCAAUGCACGCGGUAAAUCUUCGGAACUUGCUAGGAGCCAAGCGUACCCAAAGGCAUGAACAGGACGACGAAUCGCCCGAAUUCCUGGCAUUGUUCCCCACACCACCGGUAUACAUCAAUGGGAGCAGAACACCGUCUGGCUUCUUCACUGUCGAUGAUCCGCACUACGUCACCCGACUAUACCGAGUGCACGGAGCCGGUAGCAGUAUUCACUUGGAGCCGGUCGCUGUCAACGCUACCUCGCUCGACCCCCGAUAUGUCUUCGUGCUGGAUACCGGACUCGUCAUUUACGUAUGGAACGGCAAAACAGCUAAAAACACAUUAAAGUCCAAAGCUCGACUCUUCGCAGAGAAAAUAAACAAAGAAGAGAGAAAGAACAAAGCGGAGCUCAUAGCGGAGCCGCCCGGAAAGGAAUCCAAGGCGUUCUUACAGAUUCUCGAAUAUGAAGGAGAAACACCGUUUGUACCUGAGGAACACGUUCCCGAGGACUUCACGUGGGCAUCGCCUCGGCUGUACCGCGUGGAGCUGGGCAUGGGUUACCUAGAACUGCCUCAGGCUGGCGGGCCUCUAUCGCGGAACAUACUCGCUACACGCAAUGUGUACAUACUUGACGCUCAUCAGGACCUUUUCGUAUGGUUCGGAAAGAAAUCUUCGCGUCUUGUUCGAGCGGCAGCUGUGAAGUUAGCACAAGAGCUCUUUAGCAUGGCGCCGAGAGAGCCGCACGCUCUGGUCACACGCCUACAAGAGGGCACUGAAACACAGGUGUUCAAAACUUACUUCGCCGGCUGGGAAGAGGUAAUUGCGGUAGACUUCACACGUACGGCCGAAUCUGUUGCGAGAACCGGAGCCGAUCUCGCUUCUUGGGCCAAACAACAAGAGACAAAAACGGACCUCUCAGCAUUAUUCACCCCGCGUCAGCCGGCGAUGUCAGCAGCCGAAGCAAAAACCUUAUCUGAUGAGUGGAACGAAGACCUUGAAGCCAUGGAGGCUUUUGUUCUCGAGGGCCGCCAUUUUGUUCGUCUGCCCGAUCAAGAGCUCGGAAUCUUCUACAGCUGCGAUUGCUACGUGUUCCUUUGCCGAUACGUAGUGCCUGCUGAGGCUGACGAGGAAGGCGAGGGUAUAGAUGAAACAGAACCAGACGCUGACGCAGAAGCCGAAAGCGCUUCCUGGGUGGUAUACUUCUGGCAAGGACGUCGCGCACCCAACAUGGGCUGGCUCACCUUCACCUUUGGCCUUGAGCGGAAGUUCAAACAACUUUGCAGGCGUCUGGAUGUUGUGCGGACACACCAACAGCAAGAGAGUCUCAAGUUCAUGGCUCAUUUCAGAAGACGGUUCAUUAUACGCGAUGGAAAGAGGAAUCAAAAGCCGGAGAGCGGCAAACCAGCAGUUGAGCUGUUUGAGCUACGCAGCAAUGGAUCAGCGCUGUGUACACGUCUCGUACAAGUGAAGGCUGACGCCUCCAACCUGAAUAGUGCUUUCUGCUAUAUCCUGAACGUGCCCCUGGAGGGUUCAAAGGAGACGUCAUCCGCGAUCGUGUACGUAUGGAUCGGCAGUAAGAGUGACGCGGACUGUGCGAGACUUAUCGAGCAGAUCGCUAAUGAGAAGUUCAACAGCCCUUGGGUCAGUAUGCAGGUGUUAUCAGAAGGCAGUGAGCCUGACAACUUCUUCUGGGUAGCGCUCGCGGGCCGCAAGCCCUACGACUCGGACGCCGAUUACCUCAACUACACGCGGCUGUUCCGAUGCUCCAACGAGAAAGGCUACUUCACAGUGUCCGAGAAGUGCACGGACUUCUGUCAGGAUGACCUUGCCGACGAUGACAUCAUGAUCUUGGACAAUGGAGAGCAAGUGUUCCUAUGGCUCGGCGCCAGGUGCUCCGAAGUCGAAAUUAAACUUGCCUACAAAUCAGCUCAGGUAUAUAUCCAACACAUGAAAACAAUGCAACCAGAGAGACCUCGGAAGCUGUUCCUCACACUCAAGGACAAAGAGUCGCGACGGUUCACCAAGUGCUUCCACGGCUGGGGGGAGCACAAGAGGCCUCCAGAGUAAUAUGUAUAUUUGUUAUAUGUACAGACUGUAUUAGUAUUAUUCAUUAUCACAGACUAAAGAAAAGAAUUGAUGGAAACUGAGAAAUUCCUUAUAAACCAAUGAAUGAAUGAAUAAAUUCAAUAAUAUAAGCAUAAUAAUGCAUUUGUGUCGACCUAACUAGAGCAGAGGUGAGCGUUGUGUUUUAUUUAUUUUUACAAGGUCCGGCAGGAGGCCAGGCCAGGAAAAGGGAUUUAAUUAACUAACAUUUAAGACUGCAACAUCAAGCAAGUGAGAUUGCUUUAUUAGCAUCAAUAGCUAUGUUCUUUUCGUAAGCUGAUUUAUAAACAUGAUAUUUUGCGAGGCUCCAGCCAUUCUUUUUUUCUUUAGCCUGUGUUCAAUAGUAUACAACGAAAACAUUAAAGAGUUAUUAUGAAUCAGAGAAAAUUAUAAAAUUGAAAGUAUUCAAAUUUCUUGGCACAUUUUGUGUAUUUGUGUCAUAAUUAUUUAUUUUAAUUAAGUCUUAAUCUCUAAUACCUAUAAUAAUUUAAGUUCAUUUUAUUACCUUUAGCCAUAACCAUUUUUGAUUUUUGGUUUCUAGUGAAACUAUAUUUCCAUAAUAGCUUGCGCACUGUGUAAGUCUGACUAAAUUAUUAUGCCAUAACUUUUCUUAGUCUAACUCAAUCUGUCUAUAGGUGUGAUGCAAACAAAUAAAUGAAUAUCCAAACUGUUAAUAAUAGAUGAUAGACUCUAUAAUAACUUUUUCUGUUGGAUCUUCUCAGACUUGUCUUUAAAUCAAAAGUAUGCAGUUAUCAACAGAUAUCGCAUUUCACUUUUUGCAGAUUUUUUAAAAAUGAAAUGUAAAGUGCAUUUACUCUGUUUUCUCUUUAUUAAUCUAUAUUCAAAUUUGUUUUGACUGAUGCCAUAUUUCCUUUUAGUUCUGAGCUUCUUUUUUAUUUUAUUUUUUUUUAUUAUUAAAUAAAUAACAAUUUUAUUUUAAUUGAAACAUGAUAUUAUAAAAUUUACUACGUUAUUAAGUGUGAUUCACUAUUUGAUUCAAUUUGUUACCCAAUCAAAGUAUUUUAUUUACAUGUGAUAAAUAUACGCAUAGAAAAUAAUUUUCUUUAUUUGAAUGUUAAAAUAUAAUAGUUCCAUUCUCCUGAUUAAAGAUACAGAUUAUUCGUGUAAAGAAAGCCUCUUAAUAUUAAUUGAUCGGGACCUUUUCCUGACAUGAUAUGAUUAAAUUAUGACUGUAUUGAUAACAUUUGUUAUUAUAAAAGAUAUUAAUAUUUUUUGCAGCAAAGUUUAUUGACCUUAAAAGGAAUGAGAAAUGGAGGCUUAAAAAAGUAAUCUUUAAAGGUAUACAUUAAAAAUGCUUUUUAAUUUUAUGUGAUGUUUCAGUUAGAAAAAUACAAGAUUUUGACCAAUGGGAAUGGUGUAAAAUUCUUUAUUCUGUUAAAACAAGAGUUUAUUAAUGAAAUAAAUUGUCAAAUGAACUAUAUUCUCUGAAUGAGAGUAUAAAGCUAAUUUGAACAUUUGGCUGAAAAUUUGGAUUUGGGGUGUACCUGAUAGCAACUAUUAACUUGUAUAUUUCAUCAGGCACAACUUAAACAGUACAAUAUAUCAAAGGCUUCUAUGCCUUUUAAAAAGAAAUAACUAUUUGAAAUCCUCACUAAAAUGGAAUAAUAUUAUGAUGAUAUAAAAAAAGUUUACUUCCUAACAUAAGUCUUCCAUAAGUGGAAUAAACCAUGUGGAAUAAUAAGUAAUCAAAGACUGAACAUGCCAUUUUCUGAAUGUUUUUAUUCACCACACAUUCUUACAUUAAGCUAAGCACAAUAUUGCAUUGAGAUUUCUAAACAUUGUAAUAGCCUAAGGUUUUGAGAGUAACUUUUGACUAGCAUAGCAGAAUUGCAAAAUGAGUUACUAAUAAAUAUAUGAAUUUCAUGAUAGAGAGAAUGUGAUUGAUGUCAAGAUGAUUGUACAUUACUGAUAGUAGUUUAACAUAUAUAACAAAAAAACUGUAUUUAUAUUUAUUUACAAUGUAAAUAACACUUGAGUGUAUUUAGACUGCAUUUGUUCUGCAAGCCAGAGCACAACUACUUUGAUAGUACCUAAGGAUGAGUACAGAUUGGUUCUCUUCACCAAUUGCAAGCAAAUUUUUAUUACUGAUUGCACCAAUUUAAAGGCAAUGUAUGUUCGAUCCAAUUUGGCCAGAUGGAAAUUAGUCAUGAGUGACUGAAUUAACCAGGUACACAAGGACUGCACUAUGUAUAGAUCUGCCAAUUUAGCUUUUGGUGUACAACAAAGUCUGUACUGGCACUAUCAAGUUCCAAUUUUAUUUGCACAAUCCUUUAUGAAAAA